AUGUCAGACAAUCAAACGCUUGCCACCCACCUCAGCAAGUCUAGUCCCACAUCACUCAUCCUCGACCCUCACACCUCAAUACCCGACAAGUACCACUUCAACCUUCCCUACAAGCGAGAGGGUUUAGCAGGCAGGGAACGCAGGGUCGAUACAUCAGAGGUGUUCAAAGAAGUUGAAAGAGUUGUGCAGAGAGCGGAGAGAGCUCUCGGCGGAGGGAAGAAGAAGGACAACAAGAAAGAAAGAGACUUAGAUAUCGGACCCAUCCAAGCACCUGUCCCACCACCGCCACCGCCUCCUCCUCCUCCUCCACCAUCACCUCUCCCUAGCCCUAUCCUCCCACUCCCUCACCCUACCGUGCCUCACCUCCAGCCUAUCCCCGUACCCGUCUUCGCCCCCCACAACAUGUCGUCCUACGGUCCUCCGCGUAUGAUCAUCCUCUCCACCGCCGGUGGAAACGAUAUCUUUGUCCGCAUGCCUGAGAACUAUGAAGCGAGUUUGCUCCCUUCAUCGUUUUGA